AAGGGAGGGUGGAAAUUAAGAAAUUAAUUAGCAGUCGUCUUGGUCACACCUCCGAAGAGGCUUUUGGGGAAAGAAAUUGGAAGCAGUGAACAUCGGCGGAGGGUAAAUGCGACAAACUCAGCAGCCAGCGCAGGGCCAGACUGCGACGGUGAGCCCUAACACUGCUCCUCCUCACUCUCCCGCCUCUGCGGACGACGCGCCGCCGAAGCAGGUCGCACUCGCCAUGGACAGACUCGGCCACGCCGCUCGUCUCAUCGCUGACAUCAGGCUCGGUGCUGAUCGCCUUCUCGAAGCCCUCUGCGUCACUGCCCAGCCUCAUCAAAGCACGAAGCCCCUCCACUUGUUUCAGAAAGAAGACGCUUCCAUGCGCCAACACCUCCUUGACCUUCGUGCAGUUGGAAAGCAGCUCGAAGAGUCUGGUGUUCUCAGCGAAUCUCUUCUUUCGAGAAGUAAUUCUUGGGGACUACAUAUGCCUUUAGUGUGUCCUGAUGGUGCAGUGGUUGCUUAUGCUUGGAAACGUCAACUAGCUGGCCAGGCUGGUGCAUCUGCAGUUGACCGAACCAGGUUAGCUUUAAAGGCCUUCACGGACCAAAAAAGACGAUUUUUCCCUCAUCUUGAAGAUGAAAAUGGGUCGAAUAAUGAGCCUGCUCUGAAGAAGCCUUGUUUUUCUCAUGGAGUGACAGAUGUCAAACAAAAUGAGCUUAAUGAUUCUAGAUCACUAUCAGAGAUUCUAACAUGUAUGGAAAAGGAAGUGCCAGAGCUUAAGAUUUUCACUUAUGAGCGAUUGGACUGGUUAAAACAAGCUUCAGCCCUUCCCUCUCAAGCAAAUGAGAAUUCAAUAGGAGUAUUGAAAGAACAUAGCUAUCAUAGUCCUAGGAUGAGCCCUGGAUCACUUGGUGCUACUCCCGUUGAUAAAGCUGGUGUAAUUGAGUUGGUCAUUCCUUCGGUUUUUAGAGCUGUAGUAUCACUGCAUCCAGUUGGUUCUGUUGAACCAGAUGCUGUCGCUUUCUUUUCUCCUGACGAGAGAGGCAGCCAUGUACAUGCCAGGGGUUUUUCAAAUCAUCAUUUGUUCAGACAUGUUACGGAGCAUGCUGCCACGGUGCUGCAGUAUUUUCUUGGAAAUCAAGCAAAAGCAGCUCUAUAUCCUCUAUUGCUUUGGAUCUGCAGCUACCAAAAUUUAUUUUCAAAAGCUUGUAGUAAAUGUGGACAGCUGCUAUCAGUAAACAAACAAUCCGAUUUACUGUUGCCUCCUGCCGUUCGCCCGUACAAGCAAUUUUGUGCAUCAAAGAACUCAUCAUCUGUGCCCAUAACCUCAUUGAAAGACCAGAAGUUGGAUUCUGUUCAAGCUUUCCACAUUGAUUGUUUCUCAGGAGAACUAUAGCACAAUGAGCCGUACAGUGUGCAGUGUGCACCAAUUCCUAUUAAUCUACUAUUGUCAGCAUUAAAAUCCACUAAGCUCAUUUCAUGGCCCAUACUACGACAUUUAGUCUGAGUUUAGCUGUUACUUAAUAGAUACGGAACAUUGCAAGGGAGCCUGUUAUGUUAUGCCUUGAUGAGAGGGAUAUGAAUCCGCAGAGAUUACAUCCGAGUGAGAAAUCUUGAGAAUAUGAAAGUAUAGUUAGAAAGGUUUAAAAGAACAAAAAGUUACUACUUAUAACAAUAUUUAUAAGACAAGCAUUGAAAUUUUCCUACGGAGUAUGUGAAUGAGGAAAAAGCAUGUUGAAAGAACCCAUGUUGGUUUUUGGGGAUAGUCUUCACUUUUGGAAGGAUUCAAGACAAGCAUGAUGUUAUUAAGUUGCAGAGGAUGCAAGGGAAUGAGAAAUGUUGGGGCCUUCAGGUGCCAAAUUUGGAUUUUAAAUCUUGAGCCCGGGGCGUUACAUCCAGUCUCUUCUCUUACAUUCUGAUUACUUUAUUCUGUUCUACUAGAAUGCCUUAAUUCUGUUAUCUUACACUACGAAUGACCAAGCAUGAGAGUGUCAUAUAUAAACUCUCUAAUCCCAUUCAUGCUUAUGUUAUCAUUAUUUUUUUUUAUGUUCCCCUCAAAUAAUAAACUACUUUCUUCCUUUACCUGUAAACAUAGCUAAUACACCGUAGGAAUCAUGUAAAUCUUCGUGUCACUUUUUAGAGUUUACGCUUUCUUUACUUGUCAAUUUGUUUUCUGUCAUAACAUGUUCCUUGCCUUUCAACUGCACUGAACCUUGUUUUACUCAGCUUCACUCGUCUAAUAAUUUGUCUCACGGCCUUGUGGACUCCGAUUCACAUGUUAUACGAUAGUAUGCACAGAAUACAAAGAGGGCGCAGGCUGCUUGCUUCUGCGGCUUUUGGUUAUUCACUAGCCUUUGUUGCAAUUACAUGACAAGGAGGGACAUUCAGAUUAUUCAUAGGAGCCAAUCGUGAUACUGAAAGAACCAUCCAGUUUCUGAUGUGGUUAUUUUCUGUUGGCUCAAGUAGCUUGCCAUUGUCAAGGCAAGCAAAGGUCAUUUGCUUUGAUUUGAGCAAUUGCUAGUUCUUUUUCACAAUUUGCUCGGAAGAUAACUUUUGAUUUCAGAAUCACUUUUUGUAUCUUGCGCCUUCAGAUUCAAGUAAGGAUGUUAGUCCUUUAUUAGUACGAGCUUGUGUAUGUACAAUACUCUCAAGUUUGGAUCGACAGAAGAAUAGAGCGAAAAAAAUUAUAGUGCACAUUUCAAUGGACCAACUUUCAA